CUCUAAUGGAGUAAUUAGGGUGUACAUGUAGUAAGGCCUGUGUAGUAGCUAUGAGUAUGAUUGCCACGUUCGACAAUGAUUUGGAAGAGGUAAAGUUGGUAGGCGAUAGAACCGCAACUCUAAACUCCGAAGACGAUGAGGAGGAACACAGUGGAAAUGAGCUCUGUCCAAAAGUUGAAGACAACGAGACAUCAAACUUUACAGCAAGUGAAGUAAUGACAUGGUAUGUCUGGUUGGCGGCUGCGAUGGCUGCUUUGGGUGGCAUUCUGUUCGGUUAUGAUGUCGGAAUCAUAUCGGGAGCUUUGUUGCAGUUGAAAUGUGACUUUGAUAUGACACUUACUGAAAGAGAGUGGGUGAUCAGUUCAAUGCUUGUAGGGGCUAUUGUUGCUUCGUUGACAGGAGGUUUUCUUAUUGAUUUUGUGGGAAGACGAGCAACUAUUAUUGCUAACUCGUGUAUUUUCAUUGUCGGUGCGAUUAUUUUAGCGACAGCUCAUACUUACAGUGUGCUGGUGAUUGGACGACUAAUUGUAGGCUUUGGUGUUUCUCUGUCAGCUAUUGCAGAAUGUAUCUAUAUAUCAGAGAUUGCUCCUGUGUCGAGACGUGGCAUGCUUGUGUCAUUGAAUGAGUUUGGUAUUACUGCUGGAUUCUUGCUUGCUUAUCUUGCCAACUUUGUGUUCAUCAAUGUCGACUCUGGUUGGCGCUACAUGUUUGGAUUGUCAGCCAUACCAAGUACAAUUCAAGGUAUUGGAAUGCUGAAACUUCCUCUCAGCCCAAGAUAUUUGGUUUUACGAAAUCAAAAUGAGAAGGCUCGGAUGGUGCUGCAAAAGUUACGAGGGACUCUGGAUGUGCAAAAGGAGUUAGACAGCAUCAAGAGUAUUCUAGUGUCACAGCAGAAGACAUCUGUGUUGAUGUUGUUUAUGCCAAACCAGAAUAUGAGAUACAGGAUGUUCAUAGCUGUAUCAUUGAUUCUUCUACAGCAAUUUACUGGACAACCGAAUGUUUUGUAUUAUGCAUCGACAAUAUUUGAGCAAAUUGGAUUUUCAUCUGAUGUGGCUGCAGCGAGAGGUACAUUUUUUCUCGGACUGACAAAGGUUGCUGCUGCUACAGUUGCACUUUUGUUUGUGGACAGAGCGGGUCGUCGUAAAUUUAUCCUUGUUGGGGCUAUCGGUAUGAUGAUCAGUGUUGGUUCAAUGGGCAUCGCUCUUGCACAUGCUGGAAUUCAGAAACCAGUAGAGAAGUUGUGUACCGAAACAAACACAACUAUGGCAUCAUUUGCUAAUACUACCGAAGGCUCAGGCAUCCCUGAUGCAGCAAAGUUUACCUCCUUGAUUGGGCUCUUGAUGUUUGUUGCAUUUUAUGGGAUUGGAUUUGGACCAGUGACAUGGAUCAUAUUAAGUGAAAUAUUUCCUGUUGAACUACGAGGCCGAGCAUUUGCCAUAGCCACCGUUGCCAACUGGUCAUCAAACCUUAUUGUGUCUGCUACAUUUCUAGACAUUUUCAGAACGUUUGGAGUAGCAGCCACUUUUCUCAUGUAUGCUAGCACGUGUUUGAUAUCUGUGCUGUUUAUCUUCGUCUUUGUUCCGGAAACAAAGAACAGAUCAUUGGAACAGAUCACGAGUCAACUAGGUUCAAAGCACCCUUCAUUGGUUCGGAAAUGCAGGGAGUUGUGUUGUGGAGACAAUCGGAAAUCUUAUUUAGGAAUAACAUCACUUGGUAACAGCAAGUCAGUUUAGAUAAAGAAUUUAUUGAAGUUUAAAUCAAAUCAUUGUAGGGGAUAAGUUAUUCUAUUGUAAUAAUCGAUUUUACGGCACAUUUUGGGAGUUCCAGUGACUCGUUGAAUAUGAUGCACAUGGCGUACACUGUUAUUGCGAAGCUGGGCCUA